AUGCUGAACGUUGUUAACGAACGGGUGUGUUUAAAUUUUGCCAGAAACCGCAAAAAUAAUCUGCGAUAAGUGUGGUAUGGAGGUUUCGGUGCAAUUACUUAUUUUUUUAAUGUGUUUCGCAUCGAUUGGAACUUUUGAAUUUCGAUACCAUUCUAACGAAGAAUUGGAAGAUAUUUUAAUCAAGUUUCCUGCCACCCUUACGAAACCGCUGAGAGCUGAGACUUAUUCAAUUGGAAAUAGUACAGAUGGAUAUUCUUUGUGGGUUACUGAAAUAACUGCUUCAAAACCAAAUGCUCUAAAUAUACCCAAUGUGAAGUUAAUAGGGAAUAUUCACGGUAAUGAAGCUGUGGGACGAGUCAUUCUACUUAAGUUUCUCUAUUAUUUAAGGGAUGAGUAUAAAAAUAAUAACGAAACAAUCAAAAAACUAUUAGAAAAUACCAGAAUUCAUAUAAUGCCAACUUUGAAUCCUGAUGGAUUUAAUCGUUCUUAUAUAUCAUGCGAUGAUGGCAAUAAAGGAAGAUACAAUGGAAAGAAUAACGUCGACCUAAAUAGAAGUUUUCCAGAUGUUUUCUUUGAAAAUGGAAUUCCACUUCAAAGCGAAACCAUUGCUGUUAUGAACUGGAUGGAAAGAAUUCCUUUCAUUUUGUCGGCAUCCCUACAUGGAGGAGCACUAGUAGCAAACUAUCCCUAUGACAGUAUUCAAGAAAUACAUUCAAAUUACCAUUCGGAAAAUAAUCCAUCCAUAUCUCCCGACGAUGAUGUUUUCAUACACUUGGCGAAAACUUAUUCAUACAAUCAUGCAACGAUGCAUUUUGGAACGAAAUGUACAAAAAUGUCCUUCAAGGAUGGCAUUACUAAUGGAGCCGAAUGGUACAGCUUUGCUGGCAGUAUGCAGGACUACAACUAUUUUAAACAUGGAUGUAUGGAACUUACUCUGGAAAUAUCCUGUUGCAAAUAUCCCGAAGAAGACACUUUAGAGUCUCAUUGGAAAGAUAACCAAAAUGCUUUGGUAGCACUUUGUUUGGAAGCUGACAAAGGUAUUUAUGGACAAAUAUUAGACGAACAAACAAAUCAACCAAUUGGUGGUGCUACUCUGCAAAUCCUAGGUCGAAACAUGACAUUUUUCAGCUCCAACUCUUCUGGAGAAUAUCGAAGGUUGUUACUUCCUGGGACCUAUACCAUAAGAGUGCAAGCUAAUGGAUAUUACAAUAGUGAUACCACAGUUAAUUUAACUCAAAUAGAUUCUGUGAUUCAUAAUAUCUAUUUAAAAAAUUCGUCUAUAGUAACUUCUACUGUUAGAACCACUACAAAAUAUAAUACAUUUUCACCCACAUCAUCCAUAAACUUAUCUGAGGUUUCUAAUGAGUCUAAUUUAACUUCAUGUAAAUCAUGUUCGGAUUACGAAAUACCUUAUGUAGUCGGUGAACUUAAAAGUUCCGCAGUAAAAUGCUGUAUGUUCAGCAUUACAUUGCUUUUACUAACAUGCUUCGUAAUAUUGUUCAAUAAAUACAAUUUGUAAGAGAUUGAAAAUAGCAAUACAAUAGAUUAGGGUUAGUUAACUACUUAUGCGUAACAAUGAGCAAAUGAAAAUAUUAAUUAACAUUAUAACAAUUAAUAAAAAAUGUUAUAAUAUUAUUUCUUGUAGACGUAUCUGUUUUAAAAAGUAAAGUG